AGAUACUUUUUUGCUUUCGCACGGUACCGUAGUGCACGUGUUGUAGCUAUAGCUCACUAUCCCUUUUGUUUCCAGACAUAAAAUCGCAUCAACAUUAUUGCUAAAAGUCCACCAUGAACUUCCGUCAAGCUGCUAUCCUCUUCUCCCUCGGGCUUGGCCUAGCCGAAGGCAGAAAAAGCAAAGGAACCAAGACGAGUCCCAAGUCUUGCAUUACAGCGGCCGAUGCAAUGGCCACCAUCAAUGCGUUUGCUGGAGCGGUCCCCGCCGUUCAAAGGGCCAGAAAUUCACCAGGCGGGUGCCAGGCUGCCUACACUGCGGCAACCGGAGCUCUCGAUGUUGCGUAUGGAUACAACCUCGGCCUCGUUCUCUUCAAGCCGGUAAGCGAGAAUUCGCCCGCUGCGGGCUGUGUCGGUUCGUUUGUUCUGUCGCUGCGUACCAUUCCUCACACCCACUGCCCGUGCCUGAUCCUCUCUGUGCCCACAGACCCUUACUUCCGAGCCUUACACCUUCCGCAACGAUUACAACGCCGCCCUGUCGUACUUUGUGGGAACGGAUUGCCUCGUUGAGGUCGGUCAGCGCUUCUUUCCGGAAGGAAACAACCAAGGGGCGAUGUUUCGCGAGAAGGGCUUCGGAACGGACUUCGGCUAUUCCUCUGCCACAGUCUCGGACUUCGAGUUCCUGGUUGACGGGUACUACUGCGACAGCCCCCUCGCCGUCGGACAGAUUUGCUUCCACGCCGACAAUGGAACCAAGGCCUGCGUCGACAAGACCUUCAGCUUCGCCAGGGGUGGCGAGAGCCAGAAUGCCGCGGUCAUUACCAGCCACCACUCCUCGCAAGUCGUCACCUCCGGCCUCACCGAGUGCCAGAACCUCCCGACCGGCUUUCAGCCAUUUGCGCUGCCCCUCCAGGGCGGCUCUGCGACGUCCUGCCCCUAGGACCUUGGUCUUGCAAAAACCGUUUGUUGCCUAUCCACGUGUUGUUGUUCGGUGUGGUCUGUGGACUAUUGUUUCCGUCGCGUUUUCAAAAUGCUUCCUGUUGCAAAUGAGGUUGUCGAGGGUGGGCUUCGGGCUAUUGUUUCCGUUGUAGUUUCAAAGCGUUUUGUGUUAAAGAUACCCCCACUAAUUUAGUUUUAUGUCAUCAAAAAAGCUUGGAAUUUUUAACGUUCUGGGUCGCACUGUGUAGAGAGGAAAGAGUAGUGUUUCUGCUGGUACUUUACUAGUAGCUCUGAAGUCUCCUACCCAGUUACUCCUCGUGUUUGUUAGUUUGUUUCUAGUUGUUUACUAGAAUAAAUAUCUUUGACGUAC